CACAGCGCACUUAUCUGUUAGUUAGAAUAAGCUCUUUUCUCUAAAAUACGCCUUUGAGGACCAUCACAACUCUCUCUGUCUCUCUUCUCUCUCCUCUCUCAUCACACACGUACCCAAAAAUGGGAUGCUGUGGCGACGAAGAAGACGACGAGAUCCUCCAACCACUCCAACCCCAAAACACCCAAUCUCAAACCCUAGACCCCGCCUCCGCCGUUCUGUCUCCGAUGAAUUCGAAUUUCGAAGCCCUAGUAUGCAAAGACAUCCUUCGGACCAUCUUGGAGAAGCUCCCGCUGAUCGAUCUAGCUCGGUCGGCCUGUGUCUCCAGGCUAUGGUUCUCUGUGGCUUCCGACCGAGAUAUCCAAACCAAGGCCUUCAAGUCGCCCUGGAAGUUGAAGGACGUUAUGGGAAAUCCCAGCUCCGGGAGCUUCUGGAGAGGCACUAGUCUCGGCCGCUUCGCCAUUUCUCACCGCUUGCUUCGCGGAGACACCAUUGCUAGCCUCGCUGUCAAAUACUCUGUUCAGGUUACGGACAUAAAACGCCUAAACAAUAUGAUGAGUGACCAUGGCAUACACUCAAGGGAGAGGUUGCUGAUCCCUUUGAGCAACUCAGACCUUCUGAUUGGUGGCACGUGCUACAUAGAGCUGGAUAUUUAUGCCAAGAGGGAAGUGGCUGUACUCUAUUUGGAGGGUGGCCCUGACGGGAAGGUCAACCACCUGUUGAAUAAGGUGUCCUCUGAUCGAGGCAAGAAAAGGAUAAUUGACUCCUUGAAGAGACGUAUGCAAGUGGAUGAUGGAACUGCUCAAUAUUACUUGUCUAUAUCAAAUGGUGACCCCCGAGCUGCACUUACAGAAUUCUCCGAGGAUCUUACGUGGGAGAAGCAGGCUGGAUUGGCCUAGAUUGAAACAAAUAAAAUAAAUGGAGAGGCUCGAACUUGUUGGAAAUUUGUACAACAUGGUGAAAAGGGACACGAUCAAGCUUGACAAAUGGGAUGCCAUUAUAUCUCACGUUCGGCUGCAUGCUGUAUAGUUUCCUGGGGCAAGUAUUAUGAAGCAUUUGUAUGUGUGAUCCCUAAUAAGCUGGAGGAAAUUUGAACAUACAGUAAGGUUUGUCCUAUUCUGUUAUUGUUGCAAGAUCUGAGCUACAACUUUGUAAUCAUAUAUAAUUCAACAUAAUGAAAUUUGUCCAGAAUGCAAUUUGAGAUAUCAGUUGAUGUGUCCUUGAUUGAACUGCUGUUGUUUUAUAGGAAGUUGAAUUGCCACCAAUGAU